AUGGCCUCUCCGAAUUCCCUCUCGUCCGCCUACAACAACGCCCUGUAUCAACAAUCGACCCGACCCAUGUCCCGAUCCGCGGUUUCACGUUCGGGUUCCAGACGGGCCUCUCCAGCGCUCCAAUACGCCGACGCCAAACCUUCCAUCUCAAGACAUUACACUGGGGACAGCUCCGAUGAUGAGGUCCCAGAACCAAAGUUUAGCGCUUCGGUGAAAGCGCUUUUAGAUGGAGACGGCUUGGGUUCGUCGCCACAUCUGCACAAAGCUCAACAACACCAUCAAUACCAACAUCAACCAUCUUCGUCAUAUCAACGCCGCUCAGCGACGGGGUCGCGACAACAUAGCCAAUCGCCGCGGAAUGCAUCCCCGCAUGAUCAAUCCAAUGGAAGCCCUGCGCCUCGGGUCGUUCGAAUUGGUGCUAUCUCGUCCUCCUCGAGGUUCUCCCGUGAAGGCUCCCCGCUUUCGAAUAGCCAGAGUGCCGACUCCGAAGCUCAAGAUAGACCGAAUGACUUUAUCACACCUGCUCCUCGACCACGGAGUGUCCGAAUUAAUGCCUCGCGAAGCGGCACCCGCUCUCCAUCAUCCAUUUCGCCAUCGGUGAAACGCUCAACGGAACGCCAGACAGGCGAGGAGUAUGGUAGUGGUGAUCGGUCGGACAGUGACCGGAAAUCGCGUUACGAUGAUGACCCUGUCUCGCGAAUCGGCACCUCAUCAGUCCUGCGCGGUCGCACUGGAGAGGAUAUUGCGCCACACAGCUCUCUGCGAGUGAAGCGAGUUGGGCGACUCACUGGUACAUUCCUGAAUGGACCUGCACGGCGAGGUGUGUUGCGCCGGCAAAGUGAAGAGAACAACGAAGAUAACUAUCUGCUGAAUGAAGACAUCAUUCGUGAGCAUGACGAGCCACAAGAUUCCAAUGCUGAAUAUCGUUAUCAGCCUCCACGCUCAACGAAACCAUCAUCACCCAAGGUAUCCUGGGCAGAGCCCAGCCCCUCCCAUGAUGACGAUCGACGUGAUCAACAACAGCAUCGCUCUCUUCCAGAUCGACCUGCGAGCCGGGCUAGUGGGGAGGGACUCUUCUCUCGAUCCUCGUCACCAAAAUCUUACGUGUCGCAGUCCAAGUCCACGCCGGGGUCCUCGGAAGUGUCGUCCAAAUCGUCGAGUGCUAAGGAGCAGCCUGCUUUCAAGGUACCGUCAUUACCACCAUCACUUCCCUCUGCAAGGGAUCAAGAGAAUGAGCCUCCACCAACGUUCAAGCGCGCCAAAUCACAGGGCCUCAAUUUGCUAGACAAGCCCGAGAAGUAUGCGGUUGUGUACGACACGGACAAGAAGGAUGCUGCGGUUGCAACACCUGCAGGCGAUUCCCCCCGGAAGAUCCUCGCGAGUCGAAGCAACAACACUCCGCACCGACCGGCCCCUCCGCCCCCCAAGAUGUCUGUUCUUGAAACUGCUACUGCUACCGGUGGUGCUUCUACGUCGCAGUCUCGAAAGAAGCGCACCCAGGUUUCGAUCAACCACAAGCACUUCACCCGUCUUGACUGUAUUGGUCGCGGUGGAAGCUCCCGUGUGUACCGUGUGAUGGCUGAGAACUACAAGAUCUUUGCUCUCAAGCGGGUCAACCUGGAAGACGUCGACCCCCUGACUUUGACGGGUUACAAGGGUGAGAUUGAUCUCUUGAAGAAGCUCGAGAAUGUGGAUCGGGUAGUGCGCCUAUUUGACUGGGAACUCAACCUGGACAAGCAUUGCCUCAGUGUUUUGAUGGAGAUUGGUGAAUCUGAUCUGGAGAAGAUUCUCACAUACCGUCUCAAUGCCGAGGAUGCUGUGUUCGAUAUCAAUUUCGUCCGAUUUUACUGGAAGGAGAUGCUGGAGUGUGUUCAAGCUGUCCACAACUUCAACAUUGUUCACUCUGAUUUGAAGCCAGCCAACUUUUUGAUGGUCCAGGGCCGAUUGAAAUUGAUCGACUUUGGCAUUGCCAAUGCCAUUCAAGAUAACACUGUCAACGUCCACCGGGAGCAACAAGUUGGAACACCGAACUACAUGUCUCCAGAGGCUUUGGUUGAUUCAAAUGCAUCACUGGGCCUCCCGGCCAGUGUGGGCAAGAUGAUGAAAUUAGGCAAACCCAGUGAUGUAUGGAGUCUGGGCUGCAUUCUGUACAAGAUGGUGUACGGUCAACCGCCUUUCGCCAAGAUCGCCAAAUACUACGAGCGUAUAAUGGCCAUUCCCAACCCCCGGGUUCAGAUUGAUUUCCCCACGCAUGGUGUCGGCGGUGUUCCGGUGCCACCUGGGUUGAUCAAGACCUUGAAGCGAUGCCUUCAGCGCGAUCAGACUCUUCGUCCAACCAUUGAAGAAAUGCUUGGCCCGCGGGAUCCCUUCCUGCACCCCGAUGCCCAACUCGAGGGUGCCGUGCCUGUCACGCAGGACAUGCUGGGCCGCAUUCUGGCCAAUGUUGUCAACCACUGCAGGGCCCGUGGCAUUCCCAAAGAAGAAGAGUUGGCUGCAUGGCCUGCGGGCUUCUUUGCAAAAAUAAAAGCAGCACUCGAAGAAGAAGGUACUUGA